AUGGGCAUUAAAGAAACAAGGGAAUUCAGAGACUUUAAAGUCUCUGAAAUCCUGUUGGUGUCAGAUCUUCUUGGCUUCUGGAACCAGCAGGCACCGAGAACUUGCUACCAGCCUGAAGGAGGCAGAGAACUGUACAAGUCAAAGAUCCCACAGGCCCAUAACCAGGUCAGUGUCAAGGCUACUCAGAAGGACAUUGAGAUGAAAACAGCCGAAGAGCCAACCCCGAAUCUUGGGCAGACCCUGGAGUGGCUGAGAAAGGAGCUGUCUGAGAUGCAGAUUCAAGACCAGAGACUCCUACUCACACUGAAGCACCUGCAUAGUGUCCUGGAGGAGCUGCGUGUGGAGAGCGCCCCCUGGGAGGAUGCCAGGUCCAGCGGAGGGACAUCCCCCAUCAGAGCACGUGUGGGCUCUGAAGGCAGGGGCUGCCAGCCUGUCUGCUCGAGGAGGCUGGCCCAGGUCCUCCAAGGGGAAGACAGCAGAAGAAGCUCCCUCCCUUAA